GCGCAUUAGAUGUUCUUUGCGCGCUCUCAUCAGUCUAAUAAGGACCAGUUUAUAAUCUAUCUGGUUUAUAAACCUCGAUAGUUACCAUAUGUUUGCACUGUAACAUAGCAUAUUGUCAUGUCCGAACCGGGGAAUUUGAGUGACGAGCCUAUUCUUGACUCAGGAGUAAAGUAUAAAGUUGGAGAGCCAUCACAGGAUGAAAUUGAAGACCAUCGAUCUAAGCUGUCUAUGAUUGCUGGCCUGUCUGUAAACAAUGGUGUAGCUACCCUAAGCACAUCACUACCACAAGGAAUUGGUUCAGGUCCUUCAGCCCAUCGUCCUCGUAGACGACGUAAACGUAUUGGACCAAGUAAUACAAAGGAUGACAGUUCCAAAACAUUUCCUACUAAUCCAAGUGAACAUGUGAUGUUUUUGCUCGGUGAAUGCGAUGGAGAUGAAGAACAGACACACCAGCUAUUCUGCGAAUUAGAUGAGCUAUGGAAUGAUCCAUCUGGAUCGGGUGAAACAGAAUGGAGAGAGGCUGCAAGAUGGAUUAAAUUUGAAGAAGACGUUGAGGAGAAUGGAGAACGUUGGUCUAAACCUCAUGUAGCAACACUACCUUUAUUCUCUUUAUUUGAAUUACGUAGCUGUUUAGCAAGUGGGGUUAUUAUGCUGAACUUGGAAAGCUACACAAUGGAACAAAUUGCAGACUUAGUGUUGAAUUUGUUAGUUGCUGAAGAACGCAUACCAUUGGAACAAAGAGAUUGUCUAUUCGAUGUGUUACUCCGUCGACAUCUUCACCUGCAUGAACGACUUCGACCAAAGCUUAUCGGUCGAAGUGCAACAAAUCUUCCAUUGAUCCGAUCAUUAGCAGAUAUUGGUAAGAGACACUCGGCUAAGGAUGUUGAAAAAGCUGGUGAAGUACCGUAUCAUACAUCAUUGGCUAAAAUGCCCACACUGACUGGAAUGGAUACUCUAGAUCCUGCGACUGCUGCCCAUAUUGCAGCUCAUGUACAAGCACAAGUUUCUGGACACUCUGAAGUUAUGUCCGGCAGUUUACAAGGAAAAUAUGAUCUACAUUUCCUGAAAAAAAUUGCUCCUGGUUCAGAGACAUCAAAUAUACUAGUCGGUGAAACCACCUUUUUGACAUCUCAACUAACUGUCUUCAUUCGUUUAAAAGAAGCUGUUCUACUUGGUGAUCUUACAGAAGUACCUGUACCGACGAGAUUUUUAUUCAUUCAUUUGGGUAGCAUGGGUAAUGCAGCUAAAUAUCGUGAAAUCGGUCGUUCAAUGGGUGUACUCAUGUCGGAUGAAGUUUUUCAUGAUGUUGCUUACAAGGCGAGAUCUAAAACUGAUUUAUUAGCCGGUUUAGAUGAAUUUUUGAGUGCAGCAACUGUUUUACCACCUGGUGAAUGGGAUCCAUCAAUUCGUAUUGAACCGCCUGCAUCAGUCCCAUCACAGGAUAGUAGAAAGACUACCGUCAGUAAUGGUCCUCAGUCCACAGUGAGUCAACCUACUCAACCAGUUGCUUCUGAGCCUGGUGUAGCCGUCGUUGAACAACUUCAUGCUGGUGGUGAUAAGUUAGCCAGUCUUUGUUUAGCCGCUAUCGGAAAUGCCACUCCACGCAGUCAACAAUAUAUAACAGAUGGAUCUACUAAACCUAGCAGUCUUGGUGAUUCUGUACACAAGUCAAAAUCGGAUCUUGUUCGCAGUCCUGGUAGUCGUUUGGAAUUGACAGCUGUAGAGUCUGGUGGUGGGGGGUGCGGUGAUGAUCAUGGUGGUCAUGCCAGUGAUCCUGCACUAAAUCGUACUGGGCGAAUUUUCGGUGGUCUUAUUCAAGAUAUUAAACGUCGUGCACCGCAUUAUAUGAGUGAUUUCACUGAUGCUGUGCAUGUACAAUGUUGUGCAAGCUUUAUUUUCUUAUACUUUGCUUGUUUAACACCGAUUAUCACAUUUGGCGGUUUAUUGGCUCAAGCAACUGGUGGAUAUUUAGGAACAAUCGAAAGUAUCUUAUCCGGUGCUGUUGUUGGUAUAUUAUAUGCACUUUUUUCUGGACAACCGUUAACAAUUAUGGGUAGUACUGGUCCUGUACUAGUAUUUGAAAGUAUUAUAUUCAAAUUAUGCACGCGAAUGGCAUGGUCCUAUCUUAGUUUUCGUCUAUGGAUCGGUAUCUGGGUAUCUGUUGCUCUGCUCAUUAUGGUUGCGCUUGAUUUAAGUGCGUUAGUCAAGUUUAUAACACGUUUCACUGAAGAAUCAUUUGCUUCGCUUAUUGGCUUAAUAUUUUUCAUUGAAGCUCUAAAGAAAACUUAUGCUAUCUCAAAGAAACACAAAGUCGACUUGGCUUGGUCACCUGAUCUAAUUGAUAAACAUCAUUGUGCAUGUCUUCCAUCAGAAAAUCAAACGGAUUAUCAGACAUUGUCAACUAUGUAUGAAACUCAUCCACUUACUCAUAUCCCAUUGGUUGGUUUCAAUUCCACAUUUGAACCGCAAUCUCUAGAAGAUUUGGCUGGUAAAAGAAUUGAUUGGGAGGCGAUUUCACGUGGUCGUUAUUCAUGGAAAUCACAAGAAUAUCAAGAUUUAUGCGUUCAGUUGAAUGGUACAUGGAUAGGUAGCAGUUGUCGGCCAUUCUAUGUACCAGAUGUUUUCUUCUUUUCAUGUAUCCUGUUUAUGGCAACAUUUAUACUUGCAUUCACUAUGAAAUCAAUGCGUAACUCGCCAUUCUUUCCUAAUCGUGUACGUUCAUUAAUCUCAGACUUUUCAGUUGUACUGGCCAUCGCAAUAGGCACUACAACUGAUUUCUUAAUGAAUUUACACACACCGAAAUUGUUAGUUCCAACAACAUUUGAACCAACACUGGGUUAUAGUAAACGUGGAUGGAUUGUACCUCCUUUUGACAACAAUCCCUGGUGGACAUCUAUUGUUGCCCUUGGACCAUCUCUACUCGCUGUGAUUUUAAUAUUUAUGGAUCAGCAAAUUACAGCUGUCAUUGUUAAUCGACGUGAACAUAAAUUGAAGAAAGGAGCGGGUUAUCACUUAGAUCUACUUGUUGUUUCACUGACGAUAUUAAGCAAUUCACUAUUGGGGAUUCCAUGGUUUGUUGCAGCUACUGUUCUUUCAAUCAAUCAUGUUUUAUCGCUGAAAAAAGAAUCAGAGACAAAUGCUCCUGGUGAACGACCAGUUUAUUUAGGUUGUAGAGAACAACGUGUUACCGGGGUAUUGAUUUUCUUGUUUAUUGGUUUGUCUGUAUUCAUGACUCCGCUUUUAUCACGUAUUCCAAUGCCUGUAUUAUAUGGAAUCUUUUUAUUCAUGGGUAUAUCGUCUAUGCACGGAAUUCAAAUGUUUCAACGUAUCGGUUUGUUAUUUAUGCCAGUUAAAUAUCAACCAGACUAUCCUUAUUUAAGACACGUUUCUCUACGUCGAGUUCAUUUAUUCACUGCUAUACAAGUAACGUGUUUAGUCAUGUUAUGGGUUAUUAAGUCGAUUGAUGUACUUGCUAUUCUAUUCCCAAUUAUGGUAAGUUUCAAAUGCAUUGACUUAUUUUUAUUAGCAUUGUAAUUACUUUUUAGUUAACUGUUUGUUUCAAUAUAAUUCUGAAUAAAUAUACUCUUCCACUUGGGUAGAUUUUACUGUAUGGUAUAGAAAAUUGAACCAUGAUGUUUUUCCGGUUUUUAGACGAUGAAACAUACCCAUUGAGAAAAAAAAGAGAUAAUUCAGCGAAGAAAAUUCUUUGUUGUUCAACUAUAUCAUUUUCUAAAGCUGUACAACUGUAUUUACAUAUAUCACAAACAUAUAACAGUCUAUUAUUCAGUAUUAGGGUAUAACUGCAUCACAUUGGGCCAGCUAGAGCUAAAAGGAACCGAAAUCAAGAAUGGAAAGUAGUUGAAUAAUAAUCCUUUAAACAGUGAGAAUAGCGAGGAAGGCAAGGAGUGUGACAGGGUGGAAAUUGUUGGUGGAUUAGAAAUGCGAAUAUUGACUGUUCACUUGAUUGAUAGAUGUAAAUAAGGUGAAGAAUAAGACAAAGGUCAUAAUGAAGGUGAUAAUAAUAAACUAACUAUUUAUAAUGAAAUCCAAAAAAGUGUGAAGUUGUUAAGACCAUGAUAAGAUUAGAUAUUGAGGUUUGAAUUGAUGAAUUGCCAGUGCCUCUGCUGUGCACAACUGUCAAAGACGUACUCCUUCUGAACUAUUGCAUUUCACUCUAUAAAUGAUACUAAAGGAAGACUCUGGUUGAGCUAUGUGUCCAGAGUUGACCAAAUGUUCAAGAAUUGAACUGUUUAUUGAUUUACAUUCUCUCCUCGACAGCCGUGCAGGAUAGUGCUCAAAAAUACGUUUGGAAAUUGAAAGCUUUUGAUAUCUAUUUUGCAUGAGAAAAUAAUUCUCAUGCGAAAUGGUUACCCAUCCAAAUUUAUUGAGAAUAACUUGAAAUUAAAACAGAACACGGAGCAAGUACUCACAGUUGCAAAGAAGAUCUUGUUUAUGAAAGUUGUUUUCAAAGGCGAUAUGGCAGCACAGAUCUUGGAGAAGUGGCUGUCCAGAUCACUGAAGAAGACCUUCUCUGCGAAGCUACAGAUAAGCUUCUCUAGUCAGCAAUUGGUUCCGGAGUGCAUUCGCCGCUUUAACCACCUCAAUGUGCGUCUACAAAUUUACUUGCUCCCGUGGAGCUAGUUAUAUAGGCCGCAUAAAAAUGGACACUUUCCUAACGCAUAUCUGAGAACUAACCUGGAUGGGUGUCGAGGGGAGAAUGUUAAUCAAUUCACAGUUCAAUUUUUGAACAUUUAGUCAACUUUGGACACAGCUCGACCAGAGUCCUCCUUCAGUGUCAUUUAUAGGAGUCAAUUGGGGUAGAAAAUAAAAAAGGAAAUUUUUUUCUUUGAAUUAUCUCUUCUUUUCCGGUUUUUUCCUAAAUGCUCAGAGUUAUGCACUAAUACUUGUGAGGUACCGAUUUUGUUUUGCAAGUAGCUUAUUAUUUACAUUUUUUCCUAGGUUUUUUUCAAUAUCAAUAUGGAUCUUGUUUCUAGUGUAGUUGAUGUUGCCUAGUAAGCUGCUUAUCGUUUGACACUUUUAAAAUAGACUUACUUCAGAUUUGUUAACGAAACUUCAAUAUAAUUGAGAGACUAUUUGAGAUAUCCACUGCUUUCAUCAACCGGUGCUUUUUGAUACUGGGUGGUGUUUGGAGGUGAAAUGAAAACCCUGAUUCGUGGCAGGAUAUCAUAUUGCCUUCGUCGUUCGAGGGAGGUUAAAGUAUUCCUUCUCUGCUGAGAUGACCGUGUGUGUAUGUGUGUGUGUGUGUGUGUGUGUGUGUGUGUGUGUGUGUGUGUGUGUGUUAGCAUUCAUCAGCAGCUAACAAUCCCAAGGGAACUGAUAUCGUCUCGUCGAUCUUAACCGACAUCAUCCAGUGCAUCAAUCAAAGUGCUUUGCGAUACUGAAUAGAAUAAGACAACGAUAAGAUUAAUUACUCUUCAUGAUUAGUCAUUAUAUGUCAUGCACUUCAACAGGAGGUUAGUUUAGGUCCAGAUAGGUUAAUGGUUAAUGCUUCUAAAUGAAGCCCUGAGUGACGCGGAUUUGGAUCUGUGAAUGGGGAAAUCAGCCUUCUUGAUGCAGCACAUACACCUUUCUGACAAGUGCCAACAAGCAAAAAUCUUGACCAAGUAGGGUUACCAGUUGAUUUCUUCCAACCCUUUAACAUAGAUCACACAGAGACUGAGGAACGAUGGGAAGAAAUGUGUAGCCUAGUUGACUGUUUUCGGUGCUCUUGCGUUGCUGAAAGUGAAUGCUUUAAUUGCCUAGCGUUAAUGAUAACAUCAAUAGCGUCAACUCCAAAAACCGAGUGAUCUAUAAUUUUACUCCGUAAGUGACGAAUCAGUCUAUCCGAAUAUCUAUGAGUGUAAUUGUUUGGUUGAUUGUUCAUAAAAGUCUUGCUACCAUCGUUCAUGCGCGGUAUGUCACCAAACCCCCUCCCUACUGAUUGUUUUGUUAUUCCGCUUUCUGAUAAUAUUGAUAGACGGGGUGUUUUAUUAUUCACUGAUUGACUUGAAUGUUAAGUAGAAGUCUAAAGAUUGAUUUUUCCUGUUUUCUUUGAUUUUUAUUCUUUGCACAACAUUAUCAUAGUUUAGUUUGUAUCGUUAGAUGUCUAUAACAUAUCGUAUUGUUCAAGUAUACUCAACACAGUUUUAUCUUGAACUUGUCUUCUAUAAUUGUUAUUAUACCUUUGGAUCUGCAUAAUAUGAUGUAACUGGUCGAAUUAUCUCGAAGACGUUUUCGUAGGUGAUCAAUGGUAUACUCUCCCAGGAUGAUUUCGUGAUAAAAAUCUUUUAAUGAAGAUGGAAUAUGGUGAUCACAUUCAUUAUUAGUGGUAACUCGACUUGACUACUAGCCGACAAGUGUGAUGCAGUUGAAAAUCAUCAUAAAUUAUGCAUUUAUCCUGGUAAGAUUCAAAGAAUAAAAAGUUGAGAAGGAGGAGGAGGCGGCCGUGGUAGCCGAACUCGUGGGUCAACAAAACCAAGAAGUUGGAUAGAACAAAUAUUUUCACAGCUGUUUCAUGUAACAAGUUGUAAUAGCCAACUUUUGAUAGCCUUUCAUAUAAUCUGUAGGUUUGUUGUUGUAAGCAAAGUGUAGAAAUGUACGCCUAAAUUCGUCAGUUUUAGUCCAUUCAACCCACAUAAGAAUCUGCAAAGAUGAAGAACCGGAACAAAUGAACCGACUCAUCAACUGUUUUGAUUGCUUAGUAAGGCAGAAACUGGGCGGCAAUUUAGUCUGUAAAUGAUCGCAAGCUGGUAUUCGUCGCGAAUUGAUAUCCGUUGUAGAACCACCAAGAACCUAGGAGCAUUGGACAGCUAUUUCGUUCUGGUAUGGAGGAUGGUUACACUAAACCGAAAACUGGCAGAAGUAAAAAUAUGGACCAUUGGAUGCUGACCCAUCACCUCAAUUGUAAUGUGUUGGUAGUGGAACUUGAACGUCCUUAGUUCUACCUCUAAUGGGGUCAUUGAUGCGUGCUGAUAAGGAGUCCUAUACUAAGGAAGACAGCUCUCUAGAACUCUCAGAUUUCCUGUAGUUCUCCAAAUGAUACCACUCUGUGAUGAAUACCACUCUGAAAUCAAUUAUGCGAACCCUAAAAACCUUGGAAUUAAAUCUGUAAAUGAAUUGAAUAACGUUCAGUAUACAUUACACAGUCAGCACCUUAUUUCAGUAAGAUGGAUUAAAACCUAAUUUCCCUUACUGAUAAACAGUUUACCAAUUUAAAAAAAACACCAUAAUAGAAGAAUACCUUUAGGUGAACUGAGUUGAUUUCAACUGGUCAGACAUCUCUCAGUUCAUUCUCUUAGAUGAUAGAAUAUUGUGGAUUGAAGAACGAAAUUGCUAUUCAAGAUGAAGGAUUUAUACCUAAUGACGAAAGAAAUAAACUUGAUGUAAUUGUAAUGCACUGAAAGAGGAAUACUGAAAGACAGUUCAAAAGGCAAACAGGUACAUACAUUCACAAGACUUAUCUACUGUUAUUUCGUGUAUUUUUUGAUUAUUGGCUUCAGUCGUGUAGGGGAGUGUAAACCUCCCCGUUAGGGUUCACUUAACUAACUAUAAUCUGUAUUCGGAGACUCUCUAGAUGCCUCAGAAUCGAUCUCGGUGCAGCCACAUAUUGUCUCUUCCCUAUUAGUCGUCAUAUUGCAUUCCGUUAUUUUUCUUACCUCCUCCCUCUUUCUUUCUCUCAUCGUAUAACUUUCUACACUUUCCGACUAGUUUGUUGCAUAUUUCACUAUUUUUCUUCUUGGCACCAUGUGUGUGGCGAUGUGGUGAUCUUAUCGUGUGGCAGCUUGAAUCAUCAAACUCCAUGCUCAUGUAAACUGUAAACUCAUCAUGAUCACUAUGUGUUAAUCGACGUUCUAUAUAUGUUAUUCUAGUGUUAAGUGUUGAUUUAAGUUCAAGUGGAAGUUUCAAUUGAAAGGAAAAGGGGAACGUCUAACAGUUAUGAUAUUGAAUGUUCAUAUUUCACCUGUGAGUCGUGUAUUUAUUAAAAUUAAAAGUUAUCGAUAUUUUAAAUAGACAACCUAUCUAAAUGUUCAGUGAAAAACGUGUAUACUCAAUCGAGUUCUACAGAAUAACGCACUUGUAACUUAAAUCUUUUGAAUAAGGAGUACUUGUACACUUGAGGUUUCGGAUGCAUACACUUUGUGAAUUCCAAGACUUACAUCCACCAAGCAUACCAACAGGACUGUUUAUCGCUCACACAGAAAUGCCCAAUAAAUUGAUUCGCGAAAUAAUUAACAUACUCGCAGAGUGGACCUCCACUACUAAAUUUACGUAGGUUUCUGUGUUCUCUCCACCCUCACCUUGUAACUCCCUAACUCCCUUCCUUUGCAACGACAUACCUACAGUUUAGAUGUAAAACUUAAUAACACCUCAUCGUUACAUCUUACUGCUCGUAAUACUGUCAAUACUUACAUUAUUUAGAUGCUGUAAUUAUAUCAUUUCUGAAAAGUUUGCACAUGGAGUAGAUUGGUUGAAAUGUGACGUGUUUCGAAUUCCAUACACUGUCAA